AUGGAAGACGGAGGAGUCCCCUUCAUUAGUAGUGACUCAGCUGCAGCAGCUGUUGCUGCUGCUGCUGCUGCAGAUGUCGAGAUAGAGACAACUAGAGUAACGACAAAUUCAGCUGCAGCAGCAGCGGGUACGAAGACGUAUACAGCAAGCACAACUGCAGCAGCAGCAGCAGCAACAACAGCAGCCGUAUCAGCUUUCGAAGCAGUUGAAUCAACUGCCGCAACAGCAGCAGCAGCAGCAGCAGCAGCAGUGGACUUCCUCUCUCCCCCUGCUUCAACCCCUCCCUUGCCUGCGCUGUGGAAAAAUGAAGAGGGGGCGUCAUCGGGGUGUCUGGGGGCCUCGACUUGCUGCUUCGGCAGCAGCAGAAGGUGCAGCAGCAUCAGCAGCAGCAGCAGCAGGUGCUGCUGCUGCUACUUGCCCCCCCCACUACUGGUAAGCUGCCUGCACACUGCAGCAGCCGCUGCAGAGCUCAGGGCCUUCUUCUCCCGCUUUGGCCCCAUACGCACUUUAUGGCUUAACUCGGGGUCACCCCGCCGGCCCCAUUUGGCGGGGGCCCCCCCGGGGCUGCUGCCAGAGGGGCUUGCUGGGGCCCCUUCGGGGGUUCCCUUGGGGGCCCCCUUGAAGCCUCCCUUGGGGGCCCCCGUGGAGGCCCCCUUGAAAGCUGCCUUGGGGGCCUCCUUGGGGGGAGCCUCGGGGGCUCCCUUGGGGGCCCCCUUGAAGGCCCGCUUGGAGGCCCCUGUGAAGGGUGCAUUGGGGGGCCCCUUGGGAACCUCUUUGGGGGGCCCCUUAGGGGGCCCCCUCAAGGGCAUAAAGGCUUGCUCACAGCUCCACAGUGGUAGUGGCAUUGUAUGGUAUAAAGACAUAAAAUCAACUCAAGCAGCACUUGGGGGGGGGCCCCCCGUGUUUGGGGGCCUCCCCUGCACUGUGCAGACAGCCAGCGCCUUUCUUAGGAGGGGGCCCCUGCUGCUGAUGGAGGGGGGCCCCCUCACUGCAGGAUAUGCCUGGAGGCGCUGCAGCAGCUGCGGGUCAGUGGCUUUCGAGGCAGCAGCUGCUGCAGCAGAAGCAGCGACAGCAGCAGAAGCAGCAACAGCAGCAACAGCAACAACAGCAGCAACAGCAACAACAGCAGCAGCAGCAGCAGCGACUGGAGCGAGCGCAGCACAUGCUUUGCUUGAGUGGCGGCUGGGAGAAGAACAGCAGCUGCGCAUUGCAUGGGCAGCAAAGCACUUCGCUGUGAUGCUGGAGUUUCCCUUCAGGGCUCUAGUAGGCAGAGUGCAUCUUCUUGUUGCUGCUGCUGCUGCUGUACCUGCCGCUGCUGCUGCUAGUGCCGCUGAGACGCAGGAGACGGACGGCCCCCACAGCAGCAGCAGCAGCAGCAGCAACAGCAGCAGCAGCAGCAGAGACAACAGCAGCAGCAGCAACGAGCAAGGCUACUUCUUGCUGCUUUGCCCGCAGCACCCACCCCGCGUCACCCUUAUGGAGCUGCAAGCAGCUAGCCAAGGCGAAAAUCCUUGCGGGGGCCCCUCUGGGGGCCCCCCUUGGGACCCUUCUGGGGGGCCCCCUGAGGACCAUUCUCAAAUCCCCAUUUGGAACCCCUCUGAGAACCCACAAAACGCAAAGACAUCCUCUGGUUCCCAUUUAGAUAAACAAGGAAAGGAAGAAGCAGCUCCGGCGGCAGCAGAAGCUUCAACUGCAGCAGCAGCAGCAGCAGCAGCAGAAGGUGCAGCAGCCUUAUUGCUGGCUGGAGACGAGGAAUUGCUGCCGCCAUUCCGCUGCUUUCGGUUCGGCGCAGGAGCUCCGGGGCCCCGCGGCAGCCUGGUGGUCUGCUGUCCGCUGCUGCAGCGGCUGACGGACUGUCCCGACUUGCUGCUGCAGCUCCCCGCUGCUGCUGCUGCUGCUGCUUCUGUUGGAUACCCUACUGGCCAGUGCAGCGCAGCAGCAAACUGCCAAGCAGCAGGAGGCUGGCUGGAAGAGCUUCGAAGACAGGGCCUCCUGGCCACAACAGUGCCUCAAGGGCCCCUCCAGGGGACCCCAGGAAACCACCAAAAGGGGGCCCCCAGGGUUUUUGUGACCGCAGAGCCUCCAGGCAGCGCAGAACAGCUAAGACUCAUUUCCAAAGCAGUGCUGCAGAGGAAUCAUUUUUUGCUGCAGAGCCUUCCUCUAGUGCAGCAGGCCAGCAAGCAUUGGUUUGCUCAGCCUGUCGGUGAAAGAAACCCGCUCUGCGCCCAGUGUCCUGCUGCUGCUGCUGCUGCAGCACGUGCAGCAGCAGUAGCAGCUGCUGCUGCAGCAGUGGAAUCUGGAAGAUCGAGCUGGAUUGGGCAACCGGAACCCGCCGCCGCGGGGACAGGAGCCCCUCCUGCGCCUCGUGCAGCAUAUGCAGCAGCAGCAGCAUCAGCAGCAGCAGCAGCAACACCGCCAGAGGCUCUGCCACGGAGCGGCAAAGAGCCAUCAACAGGCCCCUCUGCAGCCCCACUGCAGGAGCAGCAGCAGCUAGGAAAUGGCCCAGCCGCCUCUGUGAGCUCUGCUGGUUGGCUUUUGUGGGCAGAGCUGCAGCAGCUCCUCUCCAAGGGUAUCUUGCCAGCCCCCUGCCUAUUUGAAGCUGCACCUUGUGGGCCCCCUAGUGUGCCUUGGGGGCCCCAAAGGCCCGAAGAGGGCCCUUGCGGCUACUCUCCGGGUUGGAAUCCUCAAGGACACUCUUCCGGGCUGCUGGGUUCGUGCUGCAGCCGCUUCAGGGGACCCCCGGAGGCCCCCCUGGCAGUGCCUGUGACUCGGGGGCCCCAUUUGGGGGCCCCCCGGCCACUUUGUGUGGUUUUGGCUGAUCCUGCAGAAGAUGCCCAGAAGCUCCGCGAAGGGCUGAGGGCUUUGGCUGUGGAAGCAGCUGUGGGGUAUUCUCCUAUUUGGGGUGUAUCUCCAGCUGAACGGCUCUGCGAAUUCUUGCGGAAUGAACAGUAA